CUGCUUCUGAAAAUGUUCAAUCUUCUUGUCUUCAUUAGUUUAAUUCUGUUACCUGGCUCCAUCACUGUGGAUGAUGUGGCGGUUAGUAUCGAUAACGGAAUCAGUGUGGACUAUGAGAAUUCACUAUGAGAAAUCUUGUCUUCAUUGUGUGUCGAGUACUUGCUAUUGUUUGUGUGGUGUACACAAUACUCUUGCUUUGUCCCAAGUGCAGACGGGAACUUACCGGCCGCAAGCUCAGAGUGAUGCUGAUUAAAAUUAGAAGAGUGGUCAGAAAAUACUACUACUACUACUCUGAUUCAAAGGCAGAUGAGAGGUGGUCUAAUGGUCUCCCACAAGAAAUCUUGCUAUUGAUUUUACAAAGUCUAUGCAUAUCGGAUUACCUUGGGGAACCAAGGAUGUGUUUGUUGGCGAGCUGCUGUGGAGAUGGGUGUUGCUACCAAGAGUUGCCUUCCUCAUAUUCUAUAUGUGCAUCACUUUUGAAGGUUCAAACUCCCCCGCCCGUCACACUUUUAAGCGUCGGCCAGGUCGUCACCUUUUGGGAAAGGGAGAUUGUUGACACCAAGAAUUAUACUUUCUUCACUGAGAAGUGGGAAGCAACACAAGAUGAUGAUAUAAGGCACUGGACCAAAUUUCCUUCUUUUUCUGCUCUAUUGAGCCUAGUGGAAGUUGAUGGUGGCAAAUCAUUAGAUCUCAGCAACUAUCCAUACAUAUUCAUGAGAUGGAAGGAGCAAUACUUAGUGCAUGUUGGCACAGACUGUGGUUUGACUAUAGCCGGCUUUUACUAUGUGUGUUUCUCAUGUAGUGAUGGCUCCAUUAACAGCUUCUAUUAUGAUCCUAAUAGCAGGCAUGCGUCUGCCAUGGCAUGCGGGGAUGUGUCGACAUAUUCAGACAACAGAAGAAGGAAUUCGUUGUUGUCUUAG